UGGAAUUUCUCAUCUGGCUGAGAAGGGCAUUUUAACUUUCUCCUCUUUCCCUGCGCACUUCAUUUCCACUCUCAUGCACCCUGCCUGCGCGCUCUCCUCUCUCCCCUCCUUUUUCUGAGGCUAUGCACCGUUUUCUUUGGCAUCCCGCUCCUGUGUGCGAGCCAAGGGAAGGCAGCUCUCUCCUGGGACACUCCUAACUAUCUCCGUCCCUCUAUCACACACAUUCUCGUUUUCUCUUCAGGAUCAUUCUGAAGCAUGCAGGACACUUUGCUCCUGUCUGCAGAAGGGAUGGAGCCUAAUUUGCUUGCACAGGCUAAUGAGCUUAGCCUGUGCUGAGCAGCUUUUAGCCUGCAGGUUGUUGUGGUGGGCACUGGUUAGCCCUAGUGGUUAGUUAGAGGAACCAGAGAGGAUCUCAGAAGAGGCAGAGCUGCAGCUUCACCACUUACCAGGACCAACUUCACUUGCGCAGACACUUUGGAUAGGACGUCUCUAUCUACUGUCUCCCCUCCCUCUCGCCUUUACCUCUCUCUGAAGCUACCUGACUCCCCUCUGUCUCCCUCUCUGACUGUCCCGGAGGACUGAACAACUGCUUUUGUUGCUGUAUCACCUCUUAGGCAGCUGCGUCUCUUUUCAUCUUUCUUCCCUGAUUUCCUGACUAACCCUCUCCCCCUGAAUUUAUUGCCAACAUGUACCGGAACCCGUGGAUCUCAAAUUACCUGAUCCAUGUCAAGUUUUGCAGCCAAGGACUUGGGAGUGAGACCCCAAUUAAACUGAGCAACCCCAGAUUGCUACAGAAGAGAGCUUUGAGCUUCCAGAAAGAAUUCACCUUCGACGAAAAAGACGACCCAGCUAAAAGCAAAGAUAUAGAUGUUAGUGUCUUGGCCAACCUCCCAAAAGUCUCUGAAUUGAGGAAACGAUUUGAAGGCAUCACCACAAGCUCAAGUGACUGGAAAAUGAACAGCAGAAAGGAGCGUAUCGCUCGGCGGUUGGAGGGCAUCGAUGCUGAGGUGCAUCCGUCCCUGCUGCCUAGCCUGGUGGUUAACCGGCUUCUGGAGGAGGACACACCCCGAUACACCAGGGCCUCUGAUCCCUGUGAGCCCUGUGGUGUUACAGUCCAGCGGUACAGCAUGGAGGCAUUGGAAAGCCCAGAGUCGCAGCCGAAGGCUCCAGAGCGACAGUCUAGAGCUCGGUGCAGACCUGACCCCCCGACCUCCAUCCUCCCAGAGCCUGUCCACACUUCAGACUCCACCACCAUUAACCCUGAGACUGAGUCUAAGGUUGAACGCAUCGCACGCUACAAGGCGGAGCGGCGCCGGCAGCUUGCCGAGCGCUACGGCAUCUCUUUAGAUCAGGAGCCAGACGUGGAGCCACCUCCCCGCUCCACUCGUACACGGAAGGAGUUGGAAGGCUCAGAGAGGCGUAUCCGAGCGGAAUCAGUGGGGGAAGAAGGGAGGGACAUCACCCUGAGUUCUUACAAUAGCACCUCUGUCACGAGCCCAAGGGCGGGACACACGGCACCACAGCAGAGUCAACCAGACCCGGGUUACGAGGUGAAUCGGACCAGAGUGGACUCGCUGUCUGAGAGGGAGAGGCUGAUGAACCUGGAGAAUCAACGCAGAGCUGCUCCUCCUGAGCUGCCGUCCUCCUCCUCAUACAUGGAUGUGACAUCAAUGUCUUCAACUGCCACGGUGCCCGCCAAAGACUCUUCAGUCACAGGGAUGCCACCCAAUUCACCCAAGGCAAGCCGGCACUCAUCCCUCUCCUCACCUAAACAUGCCGUGUCCACUGGGGACCAAUUCAUCGAGCAGCCGAGCCACACCAUCCUCACCAGACAUGGAAUCAGAGUUAGGGAGAGGAUUGCCAGGGAGGACCGUCAGAGGAGCCCAGAGCCUGGAAACGUUACAGAAGCUCCAGUGCACCGCAGACACCAGACCCAAACAUCUACACGCUCCAAUACAGACCCCCCGCAAAUGUACUCCCAUCCCCACCAUCAACCCCGGGCUCAGCUCGCCCGACCUGGGCCACCAGGAGGACAGGAAGUUGGCGGUAACCACAGUUACCUGUCCAUGGCUUCUGGUCCCACAGCAGGGCAGGAUCAGCAACAACUGCCCCAGGAGGAAGAGACGGAGGGUCUUCUGAGGAGCCGGAAAGCAGUGCUGCCCUCGGACAUCCGCCGCAGGGAGAGGAGCACUGAGGACCCCCGGAGAGGAAGGUGGGAAGAAGAGAUAGGGAUGUCCAGGGCACAGAGUCUUAACCAGGCAAGGAAGGCUGAGGCAGAGGAUCCUACAAGAGGAAGACACAGAACCAGGGCCGAAACAGAACACACUUCACAUCUGCAAGCCUCAGAGAGAAGGCAUAGAGAGCGGGACAAUGCCGUUGAUAUUCAGAAAGGGGUAGCGACCACCCAGAUCCAGCCAAGAGCAGCACAUACAGACCCAGGAAGCCCCCCCUCCAGCCGCUCGAUGUCAGAUGCUGGGGUUUCCAGAGGUAUCACUCUGAGGAACCAGCAGCAUCGCAACCCCCCUGAGGUUAGGGAGGGGGAUGGUUCCAGUAACCAAGAGGGUCACCGGGACAGCCGAGUGUCUGUGGCCCAGCUCAGACAUUCCUACAUUGAGAACACCACCACCCCUCCAACCAGCCGCAGAAAUAAGCUCCCCUCCAGUGAGGUUGAAGGGGACAGUGCACUCACAGGCCACGGGGCCCCAUGGAGAGGUGAGAGGGGCAGGGAGCGCAGGCCCCGGCAGUAUAUCAAUCCCGGGGAGAGUAGAAAGACCUCAGAGAGGUUUAGGACGCAGCCCAUCACUUCUGCUGAACGCCAGGACACUGAUAGGUCCUGUGUGAGUUCAGAUCUUCCUCCCAUUGAAGCUGAGGAUGAGAAGCUAGAUGAGCGGGCCAAGCUGAGUGUAGCAGCCAAGCGCUCUCUCUUCAGGGAACUCGAGAAGAGCAUUGAUGGCGGAGCUCCUAAGCAUCGAUCCAGGAAUGCAGCGGUGGACAGGAGACUAAGACGGACACAAGAUCGAUCCAGAACGCAGCCUGUCACCACUGAGGAAGUUGUCAUCGCCGCCACCGUCCCCACUCACGUGCCACACACGGUGACUGUACACACUGCUGUGGCACGCGUCCCUAGCCCCACCCUAGUUUGCAGCACUGUCCCACCAUACAGCCUGCAGGCAUCCAUGCAGCAGAGCAACACGGCCCGGGAGCAGGCACGGGAGCAGGCACGGGAGGCCCGGCAGGUGCAGGAGAUGCAGGAGGUCCAGGCUUCAAAGCCAGUGUCCACAGUGGAGGGAACGGGCCAGAGUCAGGGUCAGGACGAGCCUGACCUCUGCACCCUCAGCCUGGCAGAAAAGAUGGCACUGUUCAACAGACUGUCUCAGCCUCCCAUCAGGGUGACCCGCAUCAGAGGGGACACACGCAAUCGCAGGGCCAACGCUCGCUACCAGACACAACCCAUCACCCUGGGAGAUAUGGAGCAGCUUCAUAACGGAACAGGCUCUCGGCUCCCUACUUCAUCCUCCUCCUCUGCUCUGAGAGAAGGCACAGUCUCCACUGACCAUGCCGGAGACAUCCACAUAACCAGAGCAGCAGCCCGGGUUGAACCCCUCCCUCCCAGCUCUGACCGGUCCCUGCCCCCUCACAACCCAGAUGCACCCUCAUGGAGGUCCCAGGAAGUCACGGACCACCAGAGGUACCAAAACGUCCCCCAGGGAGAAGCUGGCACUUAUCUUGGAGGAGGGAAGAGGAAACUACCCUCUCCUGAGGGAGUGGUCAGGCAGGCCGCUCUGCCCCAGCCUCAGAGUGGCAGAGAGAGGAGGGAGGAGGUGGUGGUGGAGAAGGGGGAGGAGCAGUGGCCUGCCGGAGGGUGGGGGGACGUGCAGAGCUCAGAGAGUUACAUGCUCCAGGAGAGGCAGGAGGAGUAUCUGAGGGAGGAAGAACACUACCCAGAGAGUCGGAGGAGCAGGGCCGUCAGUAGAGAUCUGCCGGAGUCUGCAGUGGUAACAUCCAGAGCAGCAUCUGGCUCGCCCAGGAAUCUGUAUCAGCUUCCAGACACACACACAGACGAUCUGUAUCAGCCUGACGAGGGAGAUGAACUGAGCAACAUGAUGAUGGCCAGACAAAUGUCCAUCAAAGAGAGAGUGGCCUUGUUGAAGAAGAGUGGCGCGGAUGACUGGAGGAACAGGAUCAAUAGGAAGCAGGAUGUGAUGAAGGGCGACGUGGGCGAACAGCAGGCUCAGCUCUGGGAGGAGGAGCAGAGCUACAAGAAGGACGAUGAAGAACUGAUGAUGAUCGAUGAGUUUGCUGUGUCCGACCAGCUCUGGGAUCCGCUCUUUGCCUCUACUUUCUCUCCUCCACCUGAGCCUCGUUUACAUACUCCUUCCCCUGAUGAGUCAGCAAGCCAGAGAAUAGCUGAUUCUGAGACGGAGAGCCAGGGGAGCGAUGCGCACAUGUCCAUCCAGGAGAGGAAGCUGCUGAUAGUAGCCCAAGAGGAGGCCUGGAAGAUGAAAGGCCACGGAGCCGCCAACGACUCCACCCAGUUCACUGUGGCUGCACGCAUGGUGAAGAAAGGGUUGGCUGCCCCCUCAGCCCUCCAGUCCCUAGUGACCUCCAAACCCAAGAACAGCAGCCUUGCCAUCUCCAAACCACAGGAGGACAUGGAGGAGAUGUCUGAUUAUGAAGAGAUCAAGGCCGUCCCAGAUCUGAACCUGGAGACAGACUUGAAGCUGGAUAAACUGGAAUCAUUCUUAGGCAAGCUCAACAGUAAAGCAUUUGGACUGCCAGAAUCAACCAUCACAGUCACUCAGAAGAAGGUUAAGGCAGUGAUGUCCCUUGAGGAUGAAACUUUUUCCAAGUUCUACCGCCAAGUAGAGGAAGUCCCCGCCAAUACCAACAAGGUGGAGAUAUAUGACGACUUUGAUGCCAUCUUCGGCCCCCAGGUCCCAAAACUGGCGUCAGAGAUGGUGCAGCACAGACGAGCUGUGCGCCCGACACGUAACGUCCAGUCAUCUAGGAACCCUCUGAAGAUGCUGGCUGCCAGGCAGGACAUCAGACACGAGUACACAGAGCAGAGGCUCAACAUCGGCUUGCUGGAAAGCAAGAGGAUGAAGACUGAAAAGAUGAAUAAGAAUUCUGGUUUCUCUGAUGUGGCUCUGGCUGGACUGGCCAGCAAGGAGAACUUCAGCAGUGUCAACCUGCGCAGCGUCAACAUCUCUGAGCAGAUGUCCAACAACAGCGCCGUGCCUUACAAGAAGCUCAUGCUCUUACAGGUCAAAGGCCGACGGCAUGUCCAGACCAGGCUGGUGGAGCCCAGAGCGUCCUCCCUGAACAGCGGAGAUUGUUUCCUACUCAUCACACCUCACCACUGCUUCAUCUGGACUGGAGAGUUUGCCAACGUCAUAGAGAAGAACAAGGCUUCAGAGUUGUCAAACUUCAUCCAGAGAAAGAGAGAUUUAGGGUGCAGAGCUAACUAUGUCCAGGUCAUCGAGGAGUGCGUCAGCACAAACAGCCAUACUGCCAAGGAUUUCUGGAAGAUUCUGGGAGGGCAGUCCAAUUAUCAGUCUGCUGGGACGCCAGAUGAAGACGAGCUGUACGAGAGUGCCGUUGUUGAGACAAACUGUAUCUAUCGCCUGAUGGAUGACAAAUUGGUCCCAGAUGAUGACUUUUGGGCCAAAGUGCCUCGCUGUUCCCUGCUGAACCCAAAGGAGGUCUUGGUGUUUGACUUUGGCAGUGAGAUGUAUAUAUGGCAUGGAAAGGAAGUGACGCUGGCACAGAGGAAGGUGGCCUUCCAGCUGGCGAAGCACCUGUGGAACGGCACGUUCGACUACACAAACUGUGACAUCAACCCGCUCGACCCGGGAGAGUGCAACACACUUAUACCUAAGAAAGGCCAGGGCCGACCUGACUGGGCCGUGUUCGGCAGACUGACUCAACACAAUGAAACCACCCUUUUCAAAGAGAAGUUCCUUGACUGGAGCGACUCCAAGAAAACACCAAGCCCGACAAGAAACAACGACCACAACGCCGAUCAAAAGGAGCAGUCUGCCUCUGAUCAGCGCCGUGCGUACGACGCCUCUCUGAUGCUGCCUCUGCUCCAGGUGCCCGUCUCCACCAAACUGGACGGGUUCAGUGUGGGGCGUGGCUAUGGCCUGGUGAAGGCAGAGGAGUGGAGGAGCUACGAGAUCAACACGCUGGCGGUGGAGGUGUGGCACAUCCUGGAGUUCGACUACAGCCGCAUACCGCUCCAGAGCAUCGGCCAGUUUCACGAGGGUGACACAUACGUAAUGAAGUGGAAGUACAUGGUCAGCACUGCAGUUGGGAGGAGACAGAAACCGGAUCAGCAGAAGACGGCGGGGGCCGGAAAGGAGAAGUGCUGCUACUUCUUCUGGCAGGGCCGCAACUCCACCGUCAGCGAGAAAGGAACCUCGGCGCUGAUGACGGUGGAGCUGGACGAGGAGCGGGGAGCACAGGUUCAGGUGCAGCAGGGUAAGGAGCCUCCGUGUUUCCUGCAGUGCUUCAAAGGAGGGAUGGUCGUCCACUCAGGGAGGAGAGAAGAAGAGGAAAACUCACAGAGUGACUGGCGUCUGUACACUGUGCGCGGGGAGGCGGAGGUGGAGGGCCACCUGCUGGAGGUGGCCUGUCACUGCAGCAGCCUGCGCUCCAGGGUCUCCAUGGUGAUGCUGAGUGUUAGCCAGGCCCUCAUCUACCUGUGGCACGGCUGCAAGUCUCAGACACACUCAAAGGAGGUGGCACGUACCGCCGCUAACAAAAUGAAAGAAAACUGUCCUCUGGAAACAGGCCUCCACAGCAGCAGCAAGGUGACCAUACGGGAAUGUGAAGAGGGAGCGGAGCCCACGGGAUUCUGGGAAGCCCUCGGCAGGAGGGACAGGAAAGCAUACGACUGCAUGCUGCAAGACCCCGGGAGGUUUAACUUCUCUCCUCGUCUGUACCAGCUGAGCAGCAGCUCAGGGGAGUUUGCAGCUGUGGAGUUCCUUUACCCUGCCAGAGACCCCAAGCUGGUCAACUCUAUGCCUUUCCUGCAGGAGGACCUCUAUUCAGACUCUCAGCCAGCCUUGUUCCUGGUGGACAAUCACCAUGAAGUGUACCUGUGGCAGGGCUGGUGGCCUCAGGACAGUGAAAGCACCGGCUCAGCCCGAAUCCGCUGGGACUCUGACAGGAAGUGUGCCAUGGAGACGGUGCUGCAGUACUGCAGAGAAAAGAAUGAGAAGAAGCCUCCCAAAGCAUAUCUGAUCCACGCCGGUCUGGAGCCGCUCACCUUCACCAACAUGUUCCCCAGCUGGGAGCACAGAGAGGACAUCGCUGAGAUCACUGAGAGGGAGGCUGAGGUGUGUAACCAGAUCAUCCUGGUGGAGGAUGUGUUAGCCAGGCUGUGUAAGACCAAAUACCCGCUGGCAGAGGUUCUGGCCCGGCCGCUGCCUGAGGGCGUGGACCCUCUGCGCCUCGAGGUCUACCUCUCUGAUGAAGACUUCGAGGGUUCAGGGGCUCAUGGGAAGAAAGCCCUGGACAUGAACAGGAUGGAGUAUGGGGCUUUGCCCGGCUGGAAGCAGGUGAAUGUGAAGAAAUCCAAAGGACUUUUCUAAACGGUUGAUGACCUGAAGACAGGAAGUUGUUCUCCUCUCAUGUAACGGAGGGUCGAGGAGGGACUGAGGGAGCAGUGAAGGUAUGGAAGAAGGAUAAGUGAACAAGAGAAGGGCCCGCUUCCCCUGCUGCACAUUCACUUCCAUCUUGGUAUUUUGGUUGUAUAGGUAUGAGACUCAUGUAGGCGGAUGCACCUCUGAGUGAUUGCUCUUUUCUAAAGUCACUCUCAUGAAGCUAAAGCCUCAAAUGACGUCCAUAGGCAGAGAGUGCAAGGCCUUUUAAUUGAAUUUAAUGUCAAUGUAUGUAGAUAUGUACCAUAUGCAGAACAGCCCAGUGCCCUUACAUUGUGAGAGCAGGCCUGUCAGCCUGUUCAACACACACUUCUCUGUUUAAUCUCUAUGUAUGUUUGUGAAUUGCAAAUAAUUUAUAUUUAUCAAAUUCAUAUAGGAAUUUUUUUUAAAGCUUCCUGAAUAUUCACUGAGCUGAAAAUGAUUGAAUAAACUGUAUUGUGAAUGUUGAAAAGCUUUGUGUCAUAUGUUGAUAAAUACUGGAUAUUACAGAAUUAUCUCGUGCUGUACAGAUCACCAUUUGCCAUUUACAAAUCAAAUGAUGCUUUAUUAUUAUAGUGUCACUAUUGUUUCAGUUCCAAGAGAGUAUACAUGCUUGAUAAGCGGCAGAGAUAGAGGGAUGUUGAAAUGUAUGUGAUUUUUAAACCCUGCAGUGUAUAGUGCCUUGCUUUGUGUACAGUUUAUAUAAAGUUCCUAGUCUGCAUUUUGAAGACUUUUUGUGAUAUAAAUAAAUAUUAAACAAAUAAACUCUAAAAGUCAGAA